AUGUCGGACACUCAGGCCGGAGGCGCUAACCCACCAGAUGUGAAUCAUGGACCUAAAAUUAUUAUAGCCACGGCUAUUACCACCGCUGCCGCAUUAAUCACCGUUUUGGCUAGGUUCUACGUGCGCAUAUACCUUAUUCGCAAUGUUGGGUGGGAUGAUCAUACUAUGGCCCUGACGAUGCUGCUAUCUGUCUGCGGAUUUGCCAUCAUCGUCCCCGAGGUCAAAUAUGGUGCAGGAAGGCAUAUGGUCUACGUCCAAGAAACGGCCGUAAAGGCAAUGCAUUUGAAUUAUGCUACUCAAGGUAUUUACAUGUGGGCCAUCGGCCUAGUGAAGAUAUCAAUUGGACUGUUUUUGCUUCGUUUCGCAUCCGUAAAAAGAUUCAGGAUCUUUAUCUGGGUUGUCAUGGUCCUCAUGGCUCUCUACACUGCAAUCUGUUUUUUGACUCUUAUUUUCGAGUGUCAGGACAUCCGAGCAAACUGGGAUCCUUCAGUGAAAUCAAAGUGCUUUUCUCCUCACCAACUUUUGACUCUGAGCUAUACAAACACUGCACUGAAUAUUCUGACUGAUCUGAUCUUCGCGGUUUUACCAGUUUUUAUGCUACGUCAUCUUCAAGUCAAUCGCCGGGUCAAAGCCUCUCUAAUCUGUAUCCUAGGCCUGGGAAUUUUUGCCUGCGCAGCCGCCUUCGUCAAGCUCUCUAUCCUACCCAACUACGGCCGCACCGGCGACUUCCUGUGGGACUAUACAAACAUCACAAUCUGGGUCGUCACGGAAUGCAACACAGGUAUUAUCGCCGGCAGCCUCCCAACCCUCAAACCACUCUUCAAGAGAGUCCUCGGCACAUACGGCUCGAAUACCAAAACAACACGCGAAUACUAUGGCAGCAAGAACUAUAAACUGCAGUCAAUGUCUCGAUCAAGGGGCCAAGCGCUACAGUCCCGAACACAUAAAAGUGGAAAUCUCAGUAUCAUUGAGUUCGACUCCGACCCGAAGAUUCACCACUCCCGGAUUGGUUCUGGGACAGGCUCGGCAAAGUAUUCUGGAAGCCAACGAAGCAAUUCGAGCGAAGAGCGGAUAUUGUCUGCUCAGGGCGAGGGCAUUGUUUGCACAACUGAGGUCAAGGUUUCGCGAGAACAAACUCCUCCAGAGUUGCCGCCCAGCCGUCCCAGUGUGCAAGAGUUGAAGAGGAUGGGUUCGCUAAGUGGCUUGCGCGUCAACGCCGAUGAUAGGGUUUGA